GCAGUUCUCAUGCUGCAGCGUUCAGUUGACGCCGGACCGGCGCGAAAGUAUUGCGAGAGGUCGUGUAGUUUGUACGCGUAAUUGGUAAUCUUACGCGUGUGCUACGUUGAGUGACUUCUCCAUAAUCUGACAAUUGUGACGACGCGAACGAUCCAGACGAACUUUACAGUGUCACAGAAUUCGACGGAUUAACUUGUGCAUCUUCGCAGUAGAUUCUGGCGCAUGCGGCUUUAUUUACGCGAUUCGACUGUCACCCAGAAGACUCGGCGCACUAUAUGUUGCAGCGUGAAUCUUCGAAAUUGGUGACGAUACCAAAGAGUACAAAAUAGCAUGCCAAAUCAAAGCAAGACAUCGUCAAGCUGCAUCUUCUUAUUAUGCUGCAUCUUUUUAACGAGUUCGAUAUGGGUUGCUGUCGGAAAUCCCAUCUGGCACAAAACGAAACGAGAAGCAGAGAUAGCGUCGACCAACUGGACCGCGUUGGCCGACGAAUGGGUCACGAAGGCGAAGGCCAGGGCCAACGAUCGAAUGGACAUCGCUCUGCUGCCGUUCAACGACAAAUUCCGGAAAUUGCCGCCAACGGCGGAGACUUUCAUCGUUAACGGCACAAGUGCGGAACAAAUGGCACGGUUAAAUUACUCGCGGAUGCUGUGGGACAUGGAAACAGUCCAGCCGACUGGCCAUCUGUCCGGAUUCGUGGACAAAGCUCUUAAGCUGCUGGACCUGCGGCAGGUGAUGAUGGAAGUGGAGACCUCCGUGAUGUCCAAGGUCUCGUGCACCGCUUGCAAAGUCGGUGCUGGCUUGCUGCAGCAUUACAUAAAGGCCGGCAAGAGCGACGAGGAGAUCAUGGCCAGUAUAUACCAGUUCUGCGUAUCGCUCAACAUACAAAGCGCCCGCGUUUGUCACGGAGUCACUUUGCUCUUCGGGGGAGAAGUAAUUUACGUGCUGAAGAAGGUAAACAUGGGUCCAGCGCAGAUCUGCAGCUUCGUGAUCGGCGACGCGUGCGACGACGCGUUUAAUCCGCUGCACGAGUGGGAGGUGGCCUUCCCGCCGGUCAAGAAACCUCCGAUCAAGCCGCCAAUACCGCCGCAGGAAGCUGCGCCGACCUUCAAGGUCCUGCACAUCUCCGACACGCACUACGACCCAUACUAUCAAGAGGGCGCAAACGCCGAGUGUAAUGAGCCGCUUUGCUGCCGGCUGACGAACGGUGCCCCGUUGACCGCCUCGGCCGGAGCCGGACGAUGGGGAGAUUACCGCAAGUGUGACACGCCUAAACGCACGAUCGACCACAUGCUCAAGCACAUCGCCGACACACAUUCGGACAUUGAUUAUAUUUUGUGGACGGGCGAUUUGCCGCCUCAUGACGUAUGGAAUCAAACACGUGAAGAAAAUCUAAAAGUGUUGCGUGACACGGUCACGCAGAUGGUGGAGAUGUUCCCCGGCAUACCGAUAUUUCCGGCCUUGGGGAAUCACGAAAGCGCGCCGGUCAACAGUUUUCCGCCACCUUUCGUGCCUGAAGAAAACAGCAUUUCCUGGCUGUAUGACGAUCUGGAUAAGCACUGGCGGCGUUGGUUGCCAGCCGGUGUGUCGCACACCGUUCGUCGCGGCGCCUUCUAUUCGGUCUUGGUUCGGCCAGGUUUCAGAAUACUCUCGGUCAACAUGAAUUACUGUAACAACAAAAACUGGUGGUUGCUGUUGAACAGCACGGAUCCGGUUAGCGAGCUGCAGUGGCUCGUGUACGAGCUGCAGGGUGCCGAGAUAAGCGGCGAGAAGGUGCACAUAAUCGGCCAUAUUCCUCCCGGACACUCGGAUUGUCUUAAGGUGUGGUCGAGGAACUACUACCACAUCAUUAAUCGAUAUGAAUCAACGAUCACGGCCCAGUUCUUCGGACACACGCAUUACGACGAGUUCCAGAUAUUUUAUGAUACAUCAGACCUUGGCAGAGCGCUCAGCAUCGCCUACGUCGGUCCUUCGGUCUCGCCUUACUAUGAUCUCAAUCCGGGCUAUCGCAUAUACUACGUCGAUGGUGACCACGCGAAGACGACAAGAAUGGUCGUCGAUCACGAGAGCUGGGUCAUGAAUCUCAAAGAGGCGAACCUUUACGAUUACCCAAUCUGGCAUAAACUGUACAGCGCGCGACAAGCCUACCAAAUGACGUCGCUCUUGCCGAAGGAUUGGGACUCCUUGAUCGACAAGAUGGCCAACGAGCCAGCUCUCUUCGAUCUCUACUACAAACACUACUAUAAGAAUUCUCCGGUACGACCGGCAUGCAAUGACGAGUGUCGCAAGAGAUUGCUGUGCGAUCUACGCAGCGGAAGAAGCCACGAUCGCAAAGCACUGUGCCAGAGUUUAGAAGCGAGAAUUGAUGUAGAAACGAGAACGGGAUGGCGAGCAUGGAUUUACAAAGGACUUGCAUUAUCGUACGUAAAGGACUGGUGGUUCGAACUUUACUCCGGCAAUACUGAAACUAACGAAGUUAAAGAAUCGAUUGUUCCAGAUAAAUAGUUGCAAUUUGAUACACGCUGUGAUAUGUGAUUAACUGUCCCUGAAUUCUGAUUCAGCCUUGUUUGUAGAAAGAAUUCUUACAUCUUAAAUGAACUAAUAGCAAGUAUAUUUAUAAUUGACAAAUCUGAUUUUUUUAAUUUUUUUUAUACGUUAGUUGUUACUAGCUUCGUAUUUUUAAUAACUUUCAAUAAAAUGAUAUUGAGAAGUUAGAGAAACUAAAAUUACAUAAUGUGUAGAUUCUAACAAAAUAAAAAUUACAAAUUUUUUUAAUAACAGUCACUUAAGAUUUAAUUGCUAUAUGUAAUAACACAUGUAACCAAGCUUGAUUGCGAUUGUGAACAAAAGAUUGAUAGAAAAGCAUUAAUAAUGUAUAUAAAUCAGUAAUAAUAAUUUGAUCGUAACUUGGUACACAGACCGAUUAAUUGGUAUAUUAACAAGAUAUUGAUGCGAAUCUUUUUCUUUUCUCUCUUUCUUUUUUUUUAAACUAUCACAGUAUAAAACUUAUACUGUGUUAUAAAAAUAUACUUUCAAGUUUUACUUUUUAUUCGGUUUUAUUAUUUUAAUAUAAAACAUAAGAAUCUGCAUACACAUUCGGUUUUAAAAUCACAAAACAUGUUCAAUAAUAUAUUUAAGAAACCAUAAGUUUACUUUAGAUCCAGUAGCUCCGAAAGCUUAUGAAGCAAGUGUCGAUCAACUGCAUUUAAUAGCACAGAGGCAUCUAUUAAUAUCGCUUCAUUUAGAAUGCAUGUAUGUGUGUGAGUAUAUUGCACUCGAAUGAGCUUUUUGUAAUCGAUUAAAUGCGCGAAUCAUCGCAUAAUACCUGCAUGAAAGAUUGAGAAUACUAAUUUCUUCAACGGUGAAGCGCAAUAAUGAAAGACUCUCCGAUUCUUCAUGUGUUUCAGAGGUUUCUUCGCGAAACAAGUCGUAUCGUAAUUCAAGGGUGCCGCGUUUUUGUGUAGGCUCCUUCGAGUGUGGUUCAUGUUAAAAUAAA